CCAGUACAGAGCUCGAAGCGGAAACCCCUCCCGAAUCCCAACUCGGGCAGCGGAGCAAAAGAAAAGAAGAAUUCCAAGGAGUCAGGAAACACUGAGAAAUAGUAGAAGAGAAAAGAAACUAUCAGUAUAAAGAAAGAUGCAGACCUGAGGGUGAUUUCCCCGUCCUCUCGGCCCAGCGAAGUGUGAGACUAAACAGCGUGCCUUGAGGAAGACUGAAGGGUAGAGGGACGAUGGGGUUCGGACGGGACCUGCGGAACUCCCACGACGGGCUGUUGAAGCUGCAGGACUGGGAGCUGAAGCUGCUGGAGACGGUGAAGCGCUUCAUGACGCUACGGGUGAAGAGCGACAAGGAGUACGCAUCACUUCUCCUCAAUAUCAGCCAGCAGGUGGAAAAGCACGACAACUCCUCCCAGAUGGACUACAUCAGCAACGUCUCCAAGUCUUGGGCCCACAUGGUCCAGCAGACGGAACAGCUGAGUAAGAUCAUGAAGUGUCACGCGGAGGAGCUGAACUCGGGCCCUCUGCACAGACUCACCAUGAUGAUCAAAGACAAGCAGCAGGUCAAGAAGAGCUACCAGAGCAUCCACACACAGAUCGAGUUCGAGAUGAACAAGGUGACAAAAAGUGAUCUAGAAAAGUUAAAGGGCACCUAUAGACAAUUGACAAAGGAAGCCCACAGUGCCAAAGAAAAAUACAGAGAAGCAAUGGUGAAAGGCAAGGAGCCAGAGAAGGCGAGGGAGCGCUACGACAAGACCACUAUGAAGUUGCACAACCUCCACAACCAGUACGUGCUGGCGGUGCGGAGCGCCCAGCUCCACCAGGAGCACUACCACGACACCACGCUGCCCCUCCUCCUCGACUCCCUGCAGAAGAUGCAGGAGGAGAUGAUCAGUGCACUGAAGGGGAUUUUGGAGGAAUACAGUGAAAUUACCAGUCUCUUAACUGAUGAAAUAGUAAAGGUCCACAAAGAAAUACACACGUCCAUCGACCAAAUUGACCCUGUGUCCGAGUAUGAACACUUCAUUGAGGUCUACAGGUCUCCAGAAACCAAAGAACCGAAUGUAGAAUUUGACAUUUCACUGCUGGAGGAAACAGAGAAUCUACAAGCAAACGAGAUCCUAUGGAACAAUUUGACUGCAGACAGUUUACAAGCGAUGCUAAAAUCCACAUCAGAUGAGCUGGUCCUCACUCAGCAAAGCCUACGCAGCAAGGAGGAUCUUAUGCAGGACCUGGAGAACAAGAUUGAGGAGUCCACCAGAACAUGUGAAAGGAAGUCUGAUGCGGUGCUGCUGCUCAGUCAGAAGCAGUCUCUGGAGGAUCUGAGGCAGACUGUCCAGUUGCUGCGCUGCACCGUGGCCAAGCUGGGUGCCCAGAAGGACCUGCUCGACCACAAGAUGCAGGAGAACGAGGGCAAGGAGCUGCCCCCCAUGGUCAACUACGAGGACGAUGCGCGCUCAGUCAACUCCAUGGACAAAGGCAAAGACAAGAUAUCAAAGUUUGACACCUUGCGUCAUUCCAUCGCCGGUAUCAUCCGCUCUCCGAAAUCUGUCCUUGGCUCAUCAUCUCAGUUUUUUGACGUGAUCCCGACCAGUGAGAAGCCCCUGGGGGACCAGGAGUGGUACCACGGGGCCAUCCCCAGGACCGAGGCCCAGGAGCUGCUCAAACAGCAAGGUGACUUCCUGGUCCGGGAGAGCCAUGGCAAGCCUGGCGAGUACGUCCUGUCUGUCUUCUCCGAUGGACAACGGAGACACUUCAUCAUCCAGUUUGCAGACAACCAGUAUCGUUUUGAAGGCACUGGCUUCCCGACCAUUCCUCAGUUAAUUGAACACCAUUACACCACAAAGCAAGUCAUUACCAAGAAGUCAGGGGUGGUGCUUUUAAACCCAGUCAUCAAGGAUAAAAAAUGGAUACUCAACCAUGAGGAUGUUCUUCUUGGAGAGCUUCUUGGCAAAGGCAACUUUGGUGAGGUAUUCAAAGGAACAUUGCGGGACAAGACUCCUGUGGCAGUCAAGACAUGUAAAGAGGAUCUUCCACAGGAGCUGAAGAUUAAGUUCCUAUCUGAAGCCAGGAUCCUGAAGCAGUAUGACCACGCCAACAUUGUGAAGCUGAUAGGCGUCUGCACACAACGGCAGCCUAUUUACAUUGUGAUGGAGCUCGUGUCUGGAGGGGACUUCUUGUCGUUCCUCCGGAAGAAGAAGGAAGACCUGAAGACCAAACAGCUGGUGAAGUUUUCUUUAGAUGCUGCUGCAGGAAUGGCUUACCUCGAGCUCAAAAACUGCAUCCACAGGGAUCUGGCUGCCAGGAACUGUCUGGUGGGAGAGAGCAACCUGCUGAAGAUCAGCGACUUUGGGAUGUCGAGACAAGAGGAUGAUGGGAUAUACUCGUCGUCCGGCCUCAAACAGAUCCCCAUCAAGUGGACGGCUCCAGAGGCAUUAAAUUAUGGGAGAUACAGCUCGGAGAGUGACGUGUGGAGCUAUGGGAUCCUCCUAUGGGAAACGUUUAGUCUCGGAGUGUGCCCUUACCCUGGGAUGACCAACCAGCAGGCCAGAGAGCAAGUGGAGAAAGGCUACAGAAUGUCCUGUCCACAAAAGUGCCCUGAUGAGGUUUACAAAGUCAUGCAGAAGUGCUGGGAGUACAAGCCUGAAAACCGGCCGAAGUUUGCCGACCUUCAGAAAGAACUGGCCUCGGUCAAGAAAAAAUAGCACCCAGGUAGGGGAAAGGGGACCAAGUCAUGCAUAACAUCCAGGGAAUCAUCCCCUUACAACCCGAAGUAAACACCACAGAACGUUACGUCCUUGAUGCUACUUGUCUUGAUUGUAUUUACAGUUUAUACUUUGUCACAAAAUCACUGUGUUAUUUGCCUAUGCAACUGUUUUGAGCCAUUAUCGAGGAGAGGUCUCUGCUUAGCUUGGAUCAUUGUCAAAAUACGACCGUAUUUCUUUUUAAACCUGGUGUUCUUUUAUUCCUGUUCCUUUCUUUCACCUCUUACUGAACCACAGUAAACUUCAGGUAUUUUGGAGCAAAACCAUGCAAACUUGGAAAGAUUGUGUAAAAUACAUAACACGAUCAUGCUCCGUUGCGUGUACAGUGAGCUCCAACCGUACUGGGACAGUGACAAAUGAUACAAAUUAUAUUUGUGCAUCAUGAUUCACAAUUCAUUCAGGAUUAUCUGUAAUCGUGGUACCAUCCACAUUAAUACAGAAGUGUUGAGAAGCAAAUUAUAUUCAUAUUUACAAUAAAAGUGACUUCAAAAUGGCGCAAUACAUUAUUUACCAUUAAUUUCUAUUGGGCCCAAAAUAAUCUGAAACAACCACAUUAAACAGCAAAUGCGUCCACAAACUUGACGUAGUCAUUGUGUGCUAUGAAUAUGGGACCAAAUUACGUAACUUUGUACUGUCUUAAUUCUUUUGGUGUCCUAAAAUGGGGCGACUAUGUACAAAAAGCACUCAUUUCGAUUCUCUCAAUUUGGAUAAAAAAAUACCCUCAAAUUAAAGCUGACAGUCUGCACUUUAACCUCAGUCAUUGUAUCAUUUAAAACCCAAAGUGCAGGAGUACAGAGCCAAAACAACAACAAAUGUGUAACAAAUGUGUCACUGUCCCAAUACUUUGAGUUCACUGUAUGACUUCUGCUGUUGCUCAUCAUUCAUUCAUAGCCACAAUAAUGAACAUUUUCCAAAUGUUUUUUUUUUUUUUUUUUUUUUUUGGGGCCCCUGAGUUUGGUCCUGUUAAGGUAGCAUGGUUUAUGAGGACGUGAAAAAGGUUUCUGGGGCUCCGUAUAGCUGUGCAACCUCCAAAACAGACAGAAAAGGUAGAUGCACUCUGUAGCUCAUUUCAGUCUUUAGACAGAUUGCGUAUGAGUGUUCUGUUGUUCUCUUUAGCAGCAGAUCAUACCUAGGGGGUUAUUAUUGUAUGUCUCAAGCUUGACUUUGACUUUCCAGAGAAAUACUUCUAGCUGAAAGUCUUGUUUGUGGCGAUUUUGAGAUCAGCUACAAUGUCUUUCCAAAGAUCAAGUAUUCUCUUCACUCACACCAUUCAAUCUCGGAAACCUUUUCAGUUUAACAUAAGGAUAAGUGCAAUUUGUUACACCAUUUUCCUAUAAUUAUUCAGGCGAUAUAAUGCAGAAAUAUUGCAAUAAUACUGCCUUAAUUAUAAAGUGAAUGAAUGUCUAAGUUGUGUAUUUGUAAUUAAUACAAUUUGACUUUGAAUUAUUUAAUUUAAAGACCCUCCAGAUUGCUGCCUCAUUUCUAAGUAUUGGUCUCGGUCAGUUGUUACAACCUCAAUAGUUUUGUAUGAUCUGAAAAUUAGAAAGUACAGUUACGACACAAUCUGACGUGAAAUUUUCGCAUUUUGUGUCAAACAGUCCGCUGUUACAUUAGCCAUGAAAGUUAAGGAACUCUAUGCAUUCAUGUGGUAUUUUCUACUUCUAACAGACAAUUAUAUUUGGUGAAACACACAACUGUAAAUCGUUGAUAGACAUUGCAUUCAGUAAUGUACAGUGAACUAGUUUUCAUUAAGUAUACUUAGGGCCAGUUUUAUCUGACCAUGCAUCAUGACAGGAUAAAACUCUGGGACCUAGGGCUUGAAUCAAUCUAUCGCAAUUCGCAGAAGAUCGGCGGUAUGGCGUGAUUGAAAUGUAAAGAUAAUUUUUAAUUGAGCCGACAUAUGCAGCGUUUACCGGGAAUGUUGCCUUUUCAAUUUAAAUCGUGCUUUACCGUGAAUUUUCUGCAACACGGAUUGAAUUGAGCCCCUAGGCCUAGUCAAUAACUACGGGCUCCAGUUUUUCCUGGCUCUUUAGUGAAUUAGCUAUUCCAGUUGCUUCGGUAUUCGGUCAUUCCUCUAAGGCUGCCAUGUUGACUCCAUGUAGCCAAGCUCCUUGCCAUUUUGUGCUGACAGUCCAGGUGUGUCUUUUUUUUAAAGCAUCUUCUGUGAAUUAAACACAUCACAUCCAUCUCACUUCUUGUCUUUCAAAUUUUACAAACAUUCCUCUUCCUGUAUUUUGUAAAUACUUGUAGAUGCUAUAGCCUUUUUCUAUAUUGUUUUUUGAAUACUAAUCUGAGAAAAAAAUGCAAUCAUGCAAAUGUAGGUCACUCUUUAGGAUUGUUUCUUCCAAUGGUUUAUUUUGAUAAAGAAAACGUCUUUUGCAUCUGCAUGAUUUAUUUGUACAUUUUUAGUAUGUAUAAAAGAUAUUUGGAAAGAUCCUCCUGUUUCCUAUCCUCUGUAUACAAUGUCAAACUGUCAUGACCUCGUCUGUUGUCUCUCCAAUGACAUCCUAUUUACCAUGUAGUGCACUACAUGGUAAAUGGGUUGCCGUUUGUAGACUGGAGUAACAGUUAUUCAGUGGUUUCUCCAGUCAAAUUACCUCCAGAUUUGUUUUCUUGCGUUCCAGACGAACUAGUUACAGCUUUAGUUGUAAACCCCAAAAAACCAUUGAUUUGUAAGUGUAUUUUUUUUUAUUAACAUGGUCUUUAAUAACAAAGUGUAGAAUGAAAUGGGUGAUUACAUCAUAACUACUGGUUGAUGAGCGCAAUAUAUUUCUGUUUAAACAAAUAACGCAUACACCUUUUUUUAGUAACCCUUUUAUUUAUUUGACACUAAAAUAGUAUCCUCAGCAUUUUGUAUCAAUUUCAGUCUCUUGUUAGUGUAUUAAGAUAUUUGCCAGUGUUUUGUUUUUAUAGAAUUUGUUUUCUAUUUUUAUUAUGCAAAGUGACCAAGUCUAGAUUUUCCCAUGCGUAGUUGGAGAUUCACCUCUACACUACUGGCCAAUGCAUGAUAUGCAAACCAUUAUUACGUCAGUGUUGAAUGGAAUUGUAUUUUCUUUUGUUACUCUUUUUUUUAGUGACUAAUUCUGCUUCACAAUUCAAUGUGAAUGCCUCGUGCUGUAUCAUCAUUUAUUUACUCCAAGGCCAACUUUACAGCAUUCGAAAGUAUGUGCGUUAUUGAGCGCUUUUCCUAAAGUAUAUUGCUAAUAUUUGAGUCUGUGUCAGACUAAUUUAAAGGGCUGGGAUAUUUAUUGCCACAAUAGACCUUUUAUAUAUUUUGAUUGCACUUUUGGCCAUGUUAGACACUAUCAGAAAAGGUACACUAGUGUGUUGUGUUCAUUGUUUAGCUCAACAUGCUUCCCUUUUAAUAAAGACCAUAUCUAAAGUAAAAAAAUUAAGUGGACAAUGCACUGGAUUUAAGUAAUUAUCAAAUAAAUGUUACACGGUUACCCCACUCCAGAGUAAGAAUUGAAAAAUAUCCUUAACUGUAUUUUCCCCUUGUUAAUGAUCAAAUCUCAUGUCCUGUUUUUAUUUUAUACUGUGUACUUGCAAUAAAUCUCUUGGCUCUUUGAA